AUGGCUGGAGAACAUCGGCGAAGAGCUCGGCGGCCGAGAGAGAAUGAGAGGGCUCGGUUGCUGGGGUCUCAUCGGGGAGAUCUGAACGCUGACGGAAGAGGGAUCGCGGCGCUGCUGUUCACGCCGCGGCGGAGCAGGGCUUCGCGGCGCGGAGAGAAAAUCAGGUUUAGGUCGCAGCGCGGCGGGGACCCUGUUCGCGGCGUGGCGGAGGACGCCGUAUCGGAGCAAAUCAACUACUGGACUGCCUCCGCCUCCGCCUUCACGUCCGGCAAGGCCUCCACUGCCUCCCUUAGGGCUGGUGGCGUCCUGUACCUGUUUGGGCCAUUCUCCGACAGGUGUGUCGCCGAAUGGAAGGUCGCUGAAAUGAAUCCAUACGGCUUAUGA